AUUUGCCAGCCGCGCUGCUUCCCGCGCCCGUGGCCCGCUGGGCCGUGCCCGCCGUCCAACAUGGUGGACUACUACGAGGUGUUGGGCGUGCCCCGGCAGGCCUCGUCCGAGGCCAUCAAAAAGGCGUACCGCAAGCUGGCGCUCAAGUGGCACCCUGACAAAAAUCCCGAGAACAAGGAGGAAGCGGAGAGGAGAUUCAAACAGGUGGCUGAGGCCUACGAGGUGUUGUCGGACGCCAAGAAACGCGACGUUUACGACCGCUACGGCGAGACCGGAGUGGAUGGCGGCGGCCGCGGUGCUGGCGGCGGGCCCUUCCGAGACUCCUUCGAGUACGUCUUCACCUUCCGCGACCCGGCCGAGGUCUUCAGGGAGUUCUUCGGCGGCCGGGACCCAUUUUCGUUUGACUUCUUCGGAGACCCGUUUGAGAAUCUCUUCGGGGGUCGGAGGGCCUCCCGGGGAAACAGAAGCAGAGGGUCCACACCCCUUUUCUCCACCUUCAGUGAAUUUCCAGCUUUUGGGGGUAGUUUUUCUCCUUUUGAUACAGGAUUUACUUCCUUUGGAUCUGUGGGAAAUGGGGGCCUUUCUUCCUUCUCCAUGUCCUGUGGUAGCGGUGGGACAGGCAGCUUCAAGUCCAUGUCGACUUCCACAAAAAUAGUUAACGGCAAAAAAAUCACCACCAAGAAAAUCAAUGAGAAUGGCCAAGAAAGGGUGGAAGUGGAAGAAGACGGGGAGUUAAAGUCCCUGAUAAUAAAUGGCAAAGAGCAGUUGCUACGCAUCGACACCAAAUAA